CUUGAUGCUCUGAAGCAUUUUACUACAUUCGAUUUAUUCGCAUAUUGUUUUGCAUACUGACAUGGAGUUUUCUGGUGUCGUUUGGAAUUCGUUGAUUGCCAUCUUUUAUUGGAUAAUAUUUCUUAACGGAACAUCUGGUCAGUUUGAUGAAAAUUUUACGUUGCAAAAUGUAUGGGGCAGACUGCAGCCUAACAUGAGGUCCAUAAUACAGUGCUUAAGUGAUGACAAUCACAAAAAAAUCAAGUUUUCCAGAUUACUGGAUACUGGGCAGGGUCCCAAGUUACCAAAAUCCUCUCAACAAUUCAUGCAAGGAAAUCCAGUAUUUGCUCGAAUACUCUUUAUGCCUAAGGAAGAUCAAUUAAACCGUUUUGGAGCGUUUCAAUGCAAGGUAGUUAGAAAUCAAGUUGAAACGAAAAUUAUAGCCCUCAAACUUCCGCCUGCAAAUUUAGCUGAAUUGGAUGCUUUGUCUCCGUACAAUGUAGCGAACUUCAGAGACAGCGUACAACUGGAAGUGAACGUUACCAAAAAAUUAAAUCUAACUGUAAAAUGGCGGCAUAAUGGCGUCGAACUUCCUGAGUGGGACGAUCACUUGAAAAUUGAGCUGAAUGAUCUGAACGUUUCUGAUUCUGGUAUUUAUGAAGCAUACUAUGAAGGUAGACGAUCUUUGAGUCUUCAUGCUCUCAUGAGACUCAUUGUCAGAGGUAUGUCGUCAUAUAUAUCUUUUCAGAUAAAAGAGUAUUACCAGGAAAUUUUAUAG